AUGCAGGUGUGGACCACGAGCGGGCAAAACAUGUCUCUCAAAACAGAGAAUUCUCCCCUGCUUGACGGGUACGCUGACCUGGAGAGACCUGGACAGAGAGAAAAGGACAAGAAUGCAGAGGAGAAACCGCUGCUUGGGGAGGACACUUCAGAUGAGGACUGCGCCCCUAACGGAGGCUGGGGCUGGCUGGUGACCCUGGCUGGCUUCGUGAUUUGGCAAAAAGUGUCACACAAUUACUUAAAUUAUACUUUUGGACUUCACGACGUCAAGAAACUGUCACAAGACUCCCUCACACACAUCCUUCCUCCCAAACAGCUCCUGAACGGCUCCUGCAGCGCCGUAUUCGGGGUGCUCUUCUCUGGCUUCCUCAUGGACCUCGGGGUGUCCUCCUCCACCACCGCCUGGAUCCAGAACCUCACCUUCGUGCUCUCCAACUUCUGUUGCUACUUGCUGGACCCGCUGGUGGAGGAGUUCGGGUGGCGGCGCGUGGGCCUGGCCAUGGGCGUCAUGAAUGGGUGUGGUCUGGCUCUCUCCGCCUUCGCCAAUUCCGCUCAUUAUCUGUUCUUCUCCUACACUGUGAUGGCGGGUGAGUUGUGACACCGCUCGCUCAACAACUAAACCAUUAUCGUAAGGGUAAAGGAAAGCUGCCAAAGGUCAACAAGUCUACACGUGGCAGUCUCUGUCUAAAAUAUGACUUAAGGACACACAAACGUAAGAAAACAAAGGAAACCACUAUUAAGUCAGGCCAACACGUGGUGUACUCAUGUCUACUUAUCAUCUA